CGGCGGUCAGCUCUUAUUCCGCCCCUCCUGGCCACGCCCUGGUGGCGUCACUUCCGAGCGACGGCGGAGCGUCAGCGGCCUGGUGGGCGCGUGGCAGCCAGUCUCCAAAAUCCCCUAUGGAUUAUCUCUCCAAACCUGGGCUCCUCAGCGUCAUCGCUGGCAUCGCGUGUGGAGUGUGCCUGGGAUGGGGCAUUCGCGGGAGGUUUUUAAGGCAGCCCAAAGCCAGAAUGACCUCACCUGCAAACAGCCUGGGGAGCAAAGCUGACAUCAUGGGAGAGUCCGGUGAGUUCAAGAUGGUGCUGAUUGUCCGCAAUGAUUUGAAGAUGGGAAAGGGUAAAGUAGCAGCACAGUGUUCCCAUGCUGCUGUUUCUGCCUACAAGCAAGUUCAGAGAAGAAAUCCUGACCUCCUCAAACAGUGGGAGUACUGUGGGCAACCAAAAGUGGUCCUCAAAGCUCCUGAUGAAGAGACUCUGCUCCAACUCCUGGCUGAAGCCAAACACCUCGGACUGACUGUGAGCUUAAUUCAGGAUGCGGGUCGUACCCAGAUAGCUCCAGGCUCCCAGACUGUCCUGGGCAUUGGGCCGGGACCAGCUGACAUAGUAGAUAAAGUUUCUGGUCACCUAAAACUCUUCUAAACAGGGGACCAAAGAAAGCUGGAUGCAUUGGUAUAUAUCAGUACUGAAGGGAUAAAAUCCAGGUUUUGUGAUUUUUUCCAUAUGUUCUCUCAGUAUAAAUAAAGUAACUGCAUUUUUUUAAGA